AUGACUUCCGAAGAUGCAGCAUUGUGCGAAUCACUUGAAGAAAAAGGAACUAGCAGCUCCAGUGGUUCAUCGGGCCACCACAGCUGGGAUGAAGCAUAUGACGAGGAGUUGCACUUGAGCCAGACAGAUAUCGGGCUGAUUGAAGAGGCUGAGGACAUACGCACACCAUCAGAUGGUGAAGAUGAAAAGAAGUUGGUGACUUCACAAGAGACGUCACCAGGCUGGUGGCUCAAGGUUCUCCAGGACACAGCUGCAAAGGCAGGUUCGGGUAGUCAUUUGGGUAGGUCCGAUAUGGCCGAUAUGGAGCACCAAGAACCGUUGGCCAAGAGGGCACGGCUUGAAGAGCCAAGCCGCAACAGCAGCCGCGCUGUGGUUUCUGAUUCUACUUCUACUACUUCUUCAACAGGCUCGGAUCAUCAGUGUGAACCUCCUCUGCAGUCUGAGAAUGACUCUGGCUCUGGCUCUGAGUUGGGCAUGGAAGGACACUUUGACUGUGAAUAUGCUGAGACAGAGGUGGCAGAUGGUGAAGGUGUCUUCGGGUUGACGAGAGAGGGCGAAGAUGAAGAUGAACACUUGCAUCCAAUCACCGCCCAUGUCUUAUCCUCGGACAUGGAAUUUGAGUUUGAAUCCGCAAGCCCUUACUCUGCGCACACGCCUGACUUUCCUCCACCACCAACACCUCAUACCCCACCACUUCCAGAAGAUCCAGAGAUUCCAUUGAUUGUGGAUGAAGAGGAAAUUGCACGCAUCCACCAAUUAGCUCAAGCGCGAGGAAUUCCAGGACCUGCUACACCAGAAAAUAUUGCUAGCGGUCCAGGACCUGCUACACCUGAACAUAUUGCCAGCGGCAAUGAUCAAGUGGCUUCAGCUGAGGUACUUCGCUUUAUCCGAGACAUUCGAGAAGCACAAGGACUACUACCUGAGUCUGAGACAGAAGAGCAUCAAGGGGAGACAACAGAGACAACACCUUUGAGAGAGGUGACGUUUGUAUCUCCUGAGGAAUGGAGCAUGAUGCUUCGGCGCGAUCGGCGCAACUUGAGUUUGAUCUUCUACAGACAAGAGCACGGCUUCUCGCCAAGUCCACUGGCAAGUGUAGAAAGCCCUGCAAGUGAUUGGCGUUGGCUUGGGCUCUACAUCAAGCACGAGCCCAAGAUUGGAAUAUUUGAGCAAGUCAUGGGUUUCACAAUGCCGGUUCAAUCAGGCUCAGCUGAGACACCAAAGUCCAGGAAGCGGGCGGAGCGGGAGAACCUGAGCAAAACUCUGCCCAACAAAGUUACUCUUAGCCAGGAAUGUCAGGACGAACUUUCUCAAUAUGGUCCAAUCACUGAUAUGUUCAUGAUUGGGAGUGAUUUGCACCAAGACUUCGUCAAAUGCAUCAGUUCUGCCACCAAUGCAGACUACGAUUCAGAGGAUGCUUUACUCAAGCACAUUCAAACAACACCUAUGUCAACCAUGAGUCUGAAAGCAGUGGAAGAGAAAACAAAGCAAACGCAUGUUGGCCAAAAGAUUUUGACAAUUGCCGCUGCAAUUCUCGAGCUGUCCUUCUACAUGUGGGGUGUGUUUUUGUGCAUUGUUGAUCGCCUUUGCAAGAGCACAUGCAAACCAAUCCUUCUUCUGGUCAAGCUGAGAUACGAUGAGACUCCAACAAAAGUCAGAGUUGAAAUCCCUGGCAAGAAAGAUGUCCGGGCAGAAACUGCUGAUGCUGAGGAGGUUUGCAAGUCGCUGCCCGUUCAGCAGUCCUCAAACCGUGCCAAAGUGUUUCAAUCCGAGCUUUCUGUUGGCUGUCUGGUGAAAUCAUUGUCUGAUGCAGACCCGAUGCCUUACAAGUGGAUAUGUGGGACAGUGCCGACAUCAUUACAGUGUUUGCAAGAUGGCAGUGGGGAGAGUAUCAGAUCAUCACUGCGUGAUAUUGUUGGCCGAAUCCCUGAUUUGGAUAGAGUCUCUCGAUCAUUUCCUAUUGCUUUGAGGCACAGCUGCACUGACCGAUACACCGGCAAUUUCAAAGCAGAGUCUUUGCUCAACGAAGAUUUCCCAGAGUUCACCAACGUACAUUUCACUUGUUCAAUUCACAAGUUGUACAGUGUGAUUGAGGAUGCAACAGGAUGCAUGGACUACGAUGUGAGUGGCAUCUUGAGCAUUGGUGUUGGAAUAUCUUCCGACAUUGGUUGCGUGAAAACAAUGCACCAGAUUGUCACUAGACUUUUGGUGAACCGCCUUGUUAUUUAUUACCAAGAGCCACCAGCACACGUUGCAGCAUACCGGGAGCAUUUGCUUGAUCUGUUCAUUCCCUUGAAGAAGGUUCAAGCUCCUGGGAAGCAUCUCAGCAAUCGCCAGGCCCUCCAAAGACGAUAUAUACUCCGCUAUUUUCUGAACGGUGACUGGUCCCAAAAGGAACUACAGCACUAUUGUGCCUACAGUUGCUGCUCGCAUCCAAGCAGCACUUACAAGUUCAUGGCCACAUUCGUCACAUGGGCCCUUGUGCCCAGAAAAUGCCCAAAAUUUGCAAGGAGUAGACGGACCAACUGGAUUGAGUCCAUCGAGUGGUGUGGCCUUCUGGCAGGUGUGCACAACCUUUUGGAAGAGAUCAUUGCUACCUACACGGGUUCUCCUGACAAUGCCAAACCGAAGGGCCAAUCAGGCCAAUCAGAAGAUGCGGUGGUUGGAAGUGGUGAAGGGGAACUUGCGUUGGAUGACUUUGAUUUGAUGGCCAUGGACUUUGAUUCUGCAAACAUUGAAUUUGCGGAGAAUAGUUCUACAAAACAACAAUGUGAAGGCAGCUCGGGUACAGAGUUGCCAGAGCUGCCAAACGUUUGUGCUGCUGAAAAUCCAGAGGAAACCAACACAUCGCCACAAGCUUUUGAUUGGAAGGAAUGGAAUCGCAAGCAGCGUGGUAACGCACGAGAGUGGGUGAGCUCCCAACCUUUUCCUCGUCUCUUGCUUUUGAGGGAGGUCAGUGGUAUUUUGAUGCACUUGAUGUAUCGGUUCCUUGCUUUGGGAGGAACUCCAUGGGAGAAUCUGCAACAGUCAAAAUCUUCAAACGGCUUGCAGCGUGAGUACGUGUUUGGAGAAGCAGCGAUGGGCAAGGAUGUGCAAAGGACAGAGAGCGUGAGUGGCACAAGCAAGGAGACAAAGCCCUCCAAGGAAAAGACACGUGGUGGUGGUGGAGGCGGAUGGCGGGCUUUUGUCCAUGAGAGGUCUGCCGGGGUUAGAUUUGAUGGACAAAGCACUUCUGAAUUGGCUGCCCUGUGGGCAGAGCUGCCGGCUGAAGAGAAGGCUAGGUUUCAACGCGCAGGACAACUUGCAACACGAGCACAUGCCGCUGGUUUCCAAGCGUUUGGUCCAAGACGCUGUUCUGCAAACCAGCACGCUGCUGUCCCAGAGCUCAGCAUCGGAGAUGUUACAAACUCUGGCGCUAUCGUUGCAGCUGACCCAGCCAGCAUGCUGGAUUCAGCAUUGACUUAUGGUGGUCAGCAAACAUUUGAAACCCGCUUUCAGCGUGCCAAGAAGGAAAUAGCUAAGUUCUGUGCAGGUGUGACUGAUCAUGGAAGUGUUGAUGCUGUUGAUAUGCCCAAGUUACUUUCAGACAAGGCAUUGUCAACCAAGCUGACACAACAACAAGAGGAGCAACUUGCAAAGUUUCAUCAAGAGGCAAAUGCAGAUGGGGUUGUACGGCUGCUUCAACAGGAUCACAAGAAUGUUGCAACAGGUUUCCAGCAAGUGUUCAAAGGGGUAGCCGACACGGAGGGCUUUGUUGGAAUGUCCUGGACUCCACCACUCCACAGGGCUCUUCAGGCGACCGUGUCCUCAGCAACAGCAAGAUUGAGGCGGAACCUGGGUCUGACUAGGAAGCUUUUGGACGAGCUCAAGCGUUGGUGCGUACCAGAUGAAGUCAAGCCUGUCCAGGCAAAGCAGGCAAAACAGUUCACCCCAAAGAUUUGUGCACAGCUGGGUGUUUGUGUUUGCGGCGCCUACUCAGAUAACAUGUUCUUCUUCUUGAAGCUGAAACAAUGGAUGAGUCAUGUCUUCUGGAAGAAGAGAAAGACCAAGGAGAAGUCAUUUGAGCGAAAGCUCCUCGAGGAAGGGCUUGUCAUUCUGCAGCUCUCGCCAGUGCCAGUGGCAACCGAGUCUACCACAGUUGGAACUGACGAUCUUCCAGCAAUUGAUCUUCCUGCAGAAUCUUUGCCUGUAUUGCAGCAGCCUGUGUUCUUGCAUGUUGGCGAGACAAACUUCAGCACUUGGCAUUUUGGGGUGAUGCUGCUUGACAUGGUUGAACAAUCCGUUGGCAGCAAUGCUUCGCUUCUGGCCCCUACACUGACACUGACACCUGCGCAACCAUCAGAGGAUUCCAACAGAGAUGCUCACCCUCGUUUGGGCAUUUAUAGCGAUAUGGAGGCUUUCAAGGAGCUUUUGGAUCUGAAUUUUUCCUGGUGCGUGAGCGUUUUGACCAUCUCCUUUGUUGAAGCAGACUGGCCUCUCCCUCUCAUUAUCCAAGACCCCACAAUACCAGUGAGGAAACGAGAUGAGGCAGCCGCAGACGAUAAGAAUCAGUCAGACAAUGAGGCUGAAGUUUUGGACUUCAAUACAAAUGCCCUCAGCGCCGUUGAUGUUGCGUAUGAUGCUGCAGCUUACGAUGGAGAUGAAGACUCGAAUGCUGAGGCUGUUGAGCAACUUUCAGCAGCAGAAGAGGCAUUGGAUUUGGAGGUGGAGGCAGUGGAGGCAUUGGAAUCUGCGGCAGCUGGUGUUGAUGAAGCAUCAUCAGAGCCUGACAAUGAGGCACCCAGUGAAGCAAGCUCCCAUUCAGACGGUCUAGAGCGAGAUGCACUUGAAGGAGGAGGAGAUGCGCCUGAACCAGCACAUGUGUCAGGCAUGCAGGCAGAUGCCGUUGAGCCACCUCCACCUCCAGUGCCAGAUGAAGUGCUCAGGAGUUUUCCCAAUAUGAAAGGCCAGCGAGGCCUGGUGAUCCAGAAGAACCCAACAGAGUGUGACAGGUGCUACCUGAUCUUUAUGCGGAAGGAUAUCUAUUCAAUUGACUUUGUGCGGAGCUGCAAAGACCAGAUUGAGGAUGCCAAAUGGCAUGAGUACAACGCUCAUCAGCUUCCAGUUGGUCCGCUUUGCUACAGAUGUGGAGAUGGAGUUGGAAGGGUUCGCCCAGGAAUGACAACUGAGCAAGCCAUGUCUCUCAAGAAUGAUGCCGCCAAGCGCAAGGAAGAGGAUCCUACAUUUUUGACUGACGUUGCGACCGCAGUCAAGGUGAUGGACGGUGUUGAGGAGCCAUCCGUGAACCCCACCAGUUCAGUGUUUCAGGAGAAAGGUUACAAGUUUGAGAUCUUUCAGGACUUUAGCGCAGUGACUGAAGCUGAGUACAAACACUACACCGGCUUGAAGCCUGACAAAAAGAAUCUCACUCAGCUACCUGUGAAGAACCCUUCAGACAACACUACGCUGUACACGUUGGGCCUUGAGGGGCUAACAGAAGACCAGUUAGCCGCCAUUCGCAAGGUGAGAAUCUCAUACACGGAUGGGACCAUCAUGCAAACAAACUUGCUGCAGGCACAAGACAAUGUGAUCCAAGGGCAAGGCAAGCGAGUAUUCAAGCAUGUGGCUGACCAUCAGCUUGAAAAAAGGCCAGCGUCUUGGCGGUUUUCCUCAUGUCCUGAGAGCGUCAAGACUUUGAAGGAGAAGUGUCGAGUGGCCUACAACAACCAGAGAGAAGAAGGAGCAGAUGCCCGGACUCAGCUUGAAGAUUCUGAUGCUGAUGUUGGGGAUGACUUUGACGACAUGUUGUCGGACGAGGAAGAGCUUCCUGCUGCCCCAACUCGUCAGUCGGGAAUCGCUCUGGGAGAGCUAGACGAUGAAAUCAAGGCAAGGCCAAAGAAGAAGGCUGCCAAGGGAGGCAAGGCCUCAGAGAAUCAGAAGGCUACCUACAAGAGUUCUUCUGCUGCGGCUGCCGCAUCUGCCCCAGACAAGGCGGAUGAACGCAGCAAUGCUGGUUCCAAAACCAAGGCCAUAGAUUCAUUGGAUGCUGAGAUGAAGUUUGUGGCUGAAAAGCACUUGGCUACUGGCAGCGCGUCCAGUGUGAAGAGUUUGGCUGGCCUCAAGAUUGAGCUUUUUCUUGCUGGAACAUCUGAUGGAUCGGGCGAGAGGGCUCUUGCAUCGCAGAUUCGUGGGUUGGCCUUACGGACAAAGCAGCUGCGAAGUUUUACUUCUGACUACCUGUCUACGCUGAUCGUCUCUUUGAAGGAUCACUGGAACGACUUCUCGUUUGAAAUCAAAGCCAAGAUCUGUGAUGCAAAGAGCGAUGUCAUUCAGAGAGAGUUGGCGGAGUGCUUCAUUGACGCCGGUGAGAACCUCGCUGAGAAGUUUGAUAAGACUGACAAAGCUAUCUCUGAGGGUAUGCCGCAGCGCAAGCAGAUCAUGCAAGGCCUGGCAAAGCAUAUCAUUCUGACUGUGGACAACUUUGCCGACAAUCCCACCUUCCAUGCUGGGAAGCCAUCCUUUGCGCAACUCUUUCAUUUCUUCUUGAUGGAUUUCGACGAAGCUGUCACUGCUCAGGAGAAGCAAGGAUCACUGACAGAUGGAGACAUUGAUGGUUUUGGCUCCAUCGAAGCAACGGUGAAGAUGGCAAAGGCUUCUGAUGGUGACACUACGGUUUUGACUCCUGCUUUGGCGCAAUUGCGUGCACGGGCAGAGGCUUUUGGCACCUACUUGAUUGAUGCGAUCAGCGACGAUCCCUUCUUUCGAGAAUUACAGCAAAGCAUUGUCUCGCCAGAACCCAUUGAGAGCUUCAUUUUGGCAUGGAUGGAAGGGUUGACCAAGCUCUUCUCUAGCAGCAGUGGCUUGGAGAAGUUUGAAUCACGGAAAGAUGUGUGUGGGCCGCUCCAUGAUGCACUUGGCCGCAUCAACCAAGUGUGCAGGUGCUUCGCUCAUUUGCUUUGCCUGAAUGAUUUGCCAGAAGGAGUGGAUUCGACAACAGAUGAUGAUGUCUUCCACUUUGUGAACUUCAAGGGUCAGAAUGUCUUCGAAGGUGCAAUCAGGCGCAUCCUCACGGAUAGCACUAGUCGAUGGAGCUCUGAAGUCAAUGACUUGGUCAGCAAAGGCGGGUCAGGCGCACUUGCAGGCAUGAAGAUUUCCAGCCUCGAGAGCCUACUGCAGCAAGAUAACCCAACGCCGUCUGCCUUGAGAGAAAUGGUCACCAAGUUGCAAGAUGUCCAGACUGCCAUCCGCACUAUGAAGCUCAAGAAAGUGAAGGAAACCUUUCUGGCCCGGUUCAAGAGUUUCUCAACCCAGGCCCGGAAUGGAAGAGCUCCAACUUGGCUGAAUUCUCUUGCCAUUGAUGCACUCUUGGAUGGAUUGGCUCUUGUUCAUGACAUGCCUGGUGCCACAAAUGAGCGGAAGCAGCUGCAGUCAUGGAGGACAAACCAGGUGAAAGACAUUGCGAAAAACGACUUGGUCCAUGUUCUGCAGAUCCAAGAGAAGGACCGUGUCGACUUCCAAUUGCUCAACACUUGCCUUGGCCACUGCUUCCCAGGCAAGGGCGACCAUUUCGACAAUGAGUUGACUGAGCAUGUGUGGAAAUUCAUGCCGCAGGCUCUGAGGAAGCUGAUGGAACUGGCGGUGCAAAUGACUCCAGAUCCCAGCAGUGUCAAAAGGAUCUCAUCUCUCAUUGAAAACCUUUCAUCGAAGCUGUGUGUGGAUGACGUGAGCAGUGUGGUCACACAGUUUGUUGCAUCCUGGAUGAAGUGUGCUCCUCUGGCAAUGAAGAUCACUCAGGGCAACAUCAAGGUUCGCGAUGAGAAAGAAACCCUGCUUGACACUGAUCCUUCACUUGCUUUGCUUCGUGCCAUUAAAUUGAGUCGUAGCAAGAUGAUGGAAGAAAUUACUUGCAUGGAAUCCUUGGCAAAUCACAAAGAUGUGAAAGAUCUUGCAAAUGACCACCCGGUGCAGAUACUUGUGCAUAUGGAGUUGCCAGAAUCCCUGAUUCGAGAGCUUUCAAGCGAACACUUUGAUGAAGUCAUCGACAACCAAUGCAGCAAAUACAAGAUCAAGAUGGAAGAGCUGGCCAAGAACACCUUGGAGCUAUGCAAGGGCUACUCGAAUGCUGGCCCCAACUGCUGGAAGGAUAGUCUUUCUGGUAGUGACGUUGCCUUUGAUGACCUCUACAAAUUGGGAGAGAAGACCGUGAUGCCUCUUCAGGGAAAAAGCAUCAAGGAGAACACAACCAACUAUGCCGAGGUGGUGAAGGCUGCAGAAGACUUUGUGGCUACUUUUUCAGCGCAGGUGUCAACGGACACUGCUGCGGAUGGUAUGAGCAAACUUCAGGAAGCCAUGCGAUCGUCUUUGCACGCCAUGCAAGCUGCCAAGGUUCUUCUGAUUGAAGUCUUCUUGAUGAAGGCCAUCAGGAACCACAACAACAACAUCGCAGCCAGUGAUGAGCAGGAUGAGCAAAAGAUUGAGAAGGCCACGAAGGGUCGCCAGGCGGCAUUGGGGCUCAUUCGCAGGGAGCGUGCUGACCUAAAAGCUGCCCACUGGAAUCUUCAGGAUGACAUGGUUCAUCCUGUGCUGAUGACAAUUUCAGCCUCACUGCUGGAGUCUUCGGCGCCUCCUGCUGCUGCUGAGGCUGAAGCUGAAACUCCACUGGCGUGCGCCUCCGCCAAGUGCAGCGUCGAGCUUCGCUUAUCCCCCUGGCCGACCCGAGGAGUGGGAGACGUGGGGACGUGGGUGAGUCACUUUGAGCUGCGAAACAGAUGCGAAAGAGAGGAGGAAGAGCGACGCCGGCGGCAGCAGGACCUGGCAGGUGAUGAGGAGCUGGCGCGGCAACUGGCCGCUCAGCUACGGCUCACCUCUCCCGCUGAGACCACGCCAGACACAGGGUUCGACGAGGAGAGACGACUGCCACGGGUCGGCGACCGAAGCUUCGACACGGACACGUCGCGCGGCCGAAAUGACCUGGAUGGCGGAGAGCGGGUCGCUAGUGUCGAGUACCAUGCAAUGGACUCGGACACGGAGGACGCCUUCUAUGCCGAGCCACCCCGAGCGACGGGCUAUCACCACAUUUUGUGCAAUGUCUUGGUGAACUUCUUUCGGGCGGGGCCUUGGGGCUCGAAGCCACAGACGGUCCUCAAGCAACAGCAUGUGGAGAUGCUGCACUUGGUGGAAGGUUGGUUCCAGCGCCUGGAACGAAUGCUGCAGGCGAAGACUCCGAGCCCGUCGUUCCCCACACAGAUGCCGUUUGAGCUUACACAAAUCAGCGAGGGGACGAUGUCCUCGCCGAUCGUGAGUCUGAGUCUGGAAAAGAAGGAGGAGGAAGGCAAGGAGCACAUACCAACGGCGAACACACCCACGGGCUACACCCCCACGUCCGAGGCGGUGCCGGAACAUCCCUCGGAGUCGGAGCAUCCCUCUGAGCACCUGGGGCAGGAACACAGCCAUUCCAAGAACCGGCUGCGGAGGACGCAGAGCCACUUGAGCUACGAAAAGGCCAAAGAGAGGGGCACCACUGUUGAAAGCAUCAAACGGCUGCAGACGCAGUCAGAGAAUAAACGUCCUCAUUCUCGGAUCUGUCAAUGGUACAAGACCGAGAUCAAAGCACGAUGUCGCUACAUCGCCGAAGCGCUGCCCUUCAACGUCUUCUUCGCCUUCGUGAUCCUUUCUAACUCGAUGUUCUUGGGCAUUCAGAUGGAGAUGAAGGCGGAGGCGUGGAAGCAAAACGCUGCGCCGCCCUCCUUCAUCGCGCCCAACCUGGUCUACGCGAUUCUCUUCACUGGCGAGAUGCUGAUCCGCGUGAGCGCCUGGGGGCCCAUCAAGUACUUCUACGACAAAGGCUGUGCUUGGAACUGGUUGGACGUUUUGGUGGUGAUCCCCGCCUGGAUCGAAAUGGCCAUCGACCUCAGCACUGACGAGCAAGGCUUAGAAGGAGGCGCGGCCUCGAACUUUCGCAUCAUCCGGAUCUUCAAAGUCACCAGGCUUCUGCAAGUGGUGCGGUCCUUACGCAUCGUGAAGUUUAUCAGUGCCCUACGUGCGCUGGUGAUGUCAGUAGUGGAUACUACUCGACAACUGCUGUGGGCACUGAUUUUGCUGGGCCUGGUGCAAUAUAGCUUUGGCAUCCUCUUCACCGACGCGGUACUUGACUAUUCGGCCUCGAACGGGCCGCACGAGGAUCAGAUGGAAUUCUUUGGGAGUGUUUACUUGUCAGUGAUCACGCUUUUUCGCUCCAUUUUGGGCGGCAUUGAUUGGGCCUGGGCAGCGGAUUCACUGGAACCUGUGGGCUGGAUUUGGGUCCAGGUCUUCCACUUGUACAUCGCCUUUUGUGGCUUUGCCGUACUCAACGUGAUGACCGGGGUGUUUGUGAACAGUGCGAUCAAGACUCGCGAGCGCGAUCACGAGACGUUGAUCCAGAACAAGAAUCGUUUCAAAGACCUCGUUUCAAAGAUCUGGAGUAAGAUGGAUGUGGAUGGGCACGGGCAGAUCACCAUCACCGAGUUUGAACGGAUGUUCGAGGACGAAUCAAUGAAGGCCUUCUUCUCCGCGAUUGAGAUCAACGCUGUCGAUGCUUGGACUCUCUUCGACAGCUUGGAUGUGGAUGGCGAUCACACCAUUAGCGUGGACGAGUUCAUGGAGCGUUGCAUGCAGCUUCAUGGGCCCGCCCGUUCCGUGGAUUUGUAUGCCUUGAAGAAAGGCAUCAAGCACUUGGAAGGAGUGCAGCGGCGCCUGGAGGCGCAUGUGAUCGCGCACUUCCAAGCGCUGCGAGCCUUGCCCCUCCUCCAGCCCAGCGAGGUGCAGAUGCCGCCGAUGUCGCCCGUGCCCGACCGCUUUUCAUGUUGA